AUGUCGGCGUCCGACGAUCUGAUCAACUUUGAUGUGAUCGAGGCGCAGAAGGAGAACAUCCAGUCCCUACCCAGCGGACGGUCGGCAAAGAAGCUCGUCGACCUCUUCUCGCCCUCGCCGCUGCAGAAGCUGGCGACGCCCACUCCCACAGACACCAAGAACGUCAAUGACGCCGUGCGCGCGGAGUUUGAAGAAGAGGUCGCAAACAUCUCCGAGUCGGAUGACCCUCUCGAUGUCUACGACCGCUACGUACGCUGGACCCUAGACGCGUACCCUUCAGCCCAGGCUACGCCUCAGUCGCAACUACACACCCUGCUCGAGCGCGCCACAAAGGCAUUCAUCGGCUCAAAUCAAUACAAAAAUGACCCGCGCUAUUUGAAGCUCUGGCUGCACUAUAUCCACUUCUUUUCAGACGCCCCGCGCGAGACCUACAUGUACCUGUCGCGCCACGGCAUUGGCGAGACUCUCGCCCUCUUCUACGAGGAAUAUGCCGAAUGGCUCGAAGGCGCCGGACGCUGGGCGCAGGCGGACGAGGUCUACAAGUUGGGCAUCGAGCGCGAUGCACGGCCGCAGCAGAGACUGAUCCGCAAAUUUGGCGAGUUUGAGCAGCGCAAGGCUCAACAGCCAGACGCAGAUCUCGAGGCACCUUCCUCGCCAGCCCUCCCCACCGUCCGACCCGCCCUGGCUGCCAAGGUCGAUCCGUUCUCCGCGGCGGCAGCGGCGACCAGAGAUCCCCAAGCACCGAGGCAGGGCAACGGUAUCGGCGGAGCAGCUGCCAAGUCCGGCCGCGCCAAGAUGGCCAUCUUUUCCGACGCCUCGGCCUCCGCACCGGCCAUGUCAUCGCGUGGACCCGGCUCAAAGGGGUGGGACUCGAUCGGAUCCCUGGCAGACCGGAAGAAGGAGAACACAGUGGCGCCGACCCCGUGGGCGGGAGAGACGCUCAACGCGGGAGGGAAGAAGAGCUCAACCAAGAUGGCGAUUUUCAGGGAUCCGUCAUUAGCAAAGUCACACAUUACCAUUCACCCUUCGCAAUAUCAAGUGACUGUGAAUCCGAACGGCAAAAAGGAGCGUGUGUUUGUCGACCUCCGCGCCGUGUAUCCCACGCCGGAGGAGCCCGGCUCCGAGCUGAGUUUUGAGGAGAUUUGGGCCGAGAGGCGCGGCCUGCUACAUGGCGUUCCCGAGGAGAUGCCCGAAUUUAUGGACGAGAACGCAUUGAUGCAUGAUGAGAAUGCCAUGAUGCACGAUGAAAACGCGCCACCUAAAAUGGCCGUACUCGCAGACGCCGUCGCGACAAAGCUCGUCAUCCAUCAUGAUGUUGUUCAGCUUGACGAGAAUGGAGCGAUCAAGAACGACCAGCCGGUCUCGAAGCCCAAGAAGAAGAAGGUGAUAGAGGUGAACGAGACCCAGGUCAUCAAGGCAAAGCUGGACUCUCCUUCAGGGCCAAAGAUCAAGAAACGAGGCUCGUCCAACUCGGAGCCUACCAUGACAAUGCAUACCAGGGCAGCCACGGACGAUAUCUACGAGAUCUUUAACCAGCCACUGAAGCCAGCCGGCCUCGAAGAAGAGGAAGAUAGUACUUCAGACGACGACUACGAGACCGAUGGUGACUACACUAGCGGUGCGGAGAGCACCGGUACGACUCGACAGAUCAGUACGAGUGAGGCAGGAGACGACGAGGAUGACGACGGCGAUGAAGUUGGCGAGGCAGAGGCUUUUGAGGCGGACGAUACAUCAGACGUGAAGAGUGUGAGCGAGUGGUCUGACUUUACAGCGCGAAAGCACAUUCCGAAUGUGGAUGACCCUGAAGUCGACGACACUCGCGCCUCACAAUUUAGUUCAGCAGAUGAUCAGGGUCAGGACCACUCUUCUGAAGCAGCCUCACAGGAACCUGAGGAGAAACAUGACGACGAGGAGGAGGAUGAGGAGGAGCAAGCAGUCACUCCUGUUACUGAAGAUUUCCCCCCUCCUAGGCCACGGACUACCUUCAUUCCUAUCCCUCCCGAAGACUACGUUCCUCCGACCAGGCCGUACAGAGACCCGGCAGAGGUGGCCAAUAACCGCUUGCCCUUCAUGACGCCCAUCACGGAACGGACCGAGUCAUCGCUCGAGAUAGAACCCGAGUAUGACGACCAGCACUUCGACGCAAAGACUCCCAGUAAGAGGUAUGGAGAUGCGUCAACGCCCGACAGCCUCGACUCUGAGCCGCUGAGCAGUCCCUUGCGUGAGAUUGUCAACGAGGCUCUCCCUCUUCCCAAGAUCCCCCAGCCUCUACUACAAAAGACGGUAAAGCCGGCGACUGUUAAGCCCACCAUUCCAAAGGGACCGAUCGUCAAGGAGCUGCAGUGCAAUCCUGUUGACGAUGCUGUUCGCCUCGAAAUUCUGGCAAACAUGCAGCCCCCCCUGUCUUCCUACCAAGGCUUCUACGACCACCGGGAAGAGAAGUACGAGAAGGGCUCCGAGAUCCGCAAGUAUGCCAAGGCGAUGACCAAGGCACGCAGCGGCGACCGCUCCAGCGGCGCGGGCGUUCCCAUCGCCGUCCAAUUCCCCGACGUCCACACUCGUUACACCAUCCGCAAGGAGCUGGGCGCCGGUGCUUUCGCGCCCGUCUAUCUCGUUGAGAACUCCCACCCGGGAUGUCAGGAAGAGCCUACGGAGGCCCCGGCCGCCAUGGGCAAAGGUGCCUUUGCCGUCGCCCACACCCGCCGCUCGACGCUCGAAGCCCUCAAGAUGGAGGACCCGCCGACACCUUGGGAGUUCCACAUGAUGCGCCUCGCCCACACCCGCCUGGGCCCGCAGCACCGCGCCGCGGCAUCUCUGUCGCCGGCGCUCGAGCUCCACCUCUACCAGGACGAGACCUUCCUCUUCCUGCCCUACUACCCGCACGGCACGCUGCUCGACGUCGUCAAUCUGUUCCGCGCCGAGUCGCCGGGCAGCGUCAUGGACGAGACGCUGGCCAUGUUCUUCACCAUCGAGCUGCUGCGCACCGUCGAGGCCCUGCACGCCAAGCAGAUCCUGCACGGCGACCUCAAGGCCGACAACUGCCUGCUGCGUCUCGACUCGCUCUCGCCCUGGGCCGCCGACGGCCAGCUCAGCAGCCAGUGGCACGCGGACGGGUCGGGCGGCUGGGGCGCGCGCGGCGUCGUCCUCAUCGACUUUGGCCGCGCCAUCGACAUGCGCUGCUUCGCGCCCGACGUGCAGUUCGUCGCCGACUGGAAGACCUCGGCGGCCGACUGCGCCGAGAUGCGCGAGGGCCGGCCCUGGACCUGGCAGAUCGACUACCACGGCCUGGCGGGCACGGUGCACUGCCUCCUCUUCGGCAAGUACAUCGAGACGGUGCGGUGCGACAACGGCGGCCUCGGCGCGGGGGGCCGCAGGUACCGCGUGCGCGAGAGCCUGAAGCGGUACUGGCAGACGGAGCUGUGGGGCGAGCUGUUCGACCUGCUGCUCAACCCCGGCGCCGCGGCGGCCGCGGCCGGCGGCGAGGAGGGCCAGCGGAUGCCGGUGCUGCGGGGGAUGAGGAGGGUGCGGGAGAGCAUGGAGCGGUGGCUCGAGGAGAACUGCGAGAGGGGGGUCGGCCUCAAGAGCCUGAUGGCGAAGGUGGAGGGCUGGGCCAAGGGCAAGAGGUAG